AUGCCAGUGACGAAGGAAUUAUUUGUCUCUGACGUGCACUCCACCGCAGCACUCAAGGCACAUGCACACCUACACCCUCCCCACCAAAUCAACAUCAACCUCCACGACUACCUUUCCUUCAGCAGCAAACCCGCCUUUACCGAAGCCUCAUUCGUCUCAUGUCAUUCGGAUGCAUUCCACGUCUCGCUGCGAAGGUUGCCACAAGAGGAGGGUCCUGUACUAGACUGGGGGGAAUCCGAUCUGAUUGCGCUAUCGGUCAUGGAUCAUGAUGCUGGCUCCCCUUCUCUGCAUAGGUCAGCCUCCAGUCAUUCCAACUUUUCUGCCAAAAGCUCCAGAUCGCAGGCGGUUCGAGUGCGCCCCAAAAAAUAUGCCUCCUACAUGUCGAGCUCCGCAUCCUCCAUUUCAGACAAGUCCCUAACCUCCUUCCCCUCCUUCGGCCCUGAAUCUCCAAGAGACGAACGCCCCCUAUUACCGGUGCUACAAACGACAGAUGGCACAGCAAAUCAUAUAUCGCCUAAUUCCACAAGUUCAUUGCCCUCUGUUGUCGACAGCCUGAUGACCACCUCAGGGCCUACCCUUCAAGAACGGUCCGCCCUGUUUGACGAUACACCUCUGAGUAUACGACAUGUCCCUGGCGCGCUCCAUCUAGCCAAAGAUGAACAUAUCGAGAGGUUGAUUGCUCGGAAUGGCGCUGUGGCUUUGGUUAGGCAAAUGGCGGAGGACCUGGCUCAGCGCGAUGCUCAGAUUGCAAUCAUAAGCCGUAAAGCAGAGAGCAGAGAGCGGGCUCUGAGGAAAGUCGCCUUGGAAUGCGGGCUUUCGAAUUUGGACUUAGAAACGCGUUUGCGCGCCAUCGAAGCCGAUCGAAAGUUUGCGAGCGAGGCAAGUACAGCCCACAAUUCUGCGUCAGAUGAAGGCGGUUUGGAGGAUUUAAUGAACGAUGCGAUGAGUCAAACUGUGGUACUAGGAGAGCGGGCACUUCUGGACAAUGAUUCUACAAUUCGGGCAAAGGAUUCGCUCAAGGCACUGGAGGAUAGACCUGCAAAUGCUCAGAGGGGUUGGAAAGAGUAUCUUUUCGGGGGAGGGACCAGUAGGAAAACCAGCCGCGCAAAUAGUAUCCAGGGUGAUACCGCCAACGAUAGCGACCCAGCCAGUAUCAAAACCAACAAUACAAGUGGCAGGCGCACUGUUCUCCAAUCUGGACUUUUUGAUGCCCCGGAUUCAAUUCGCACUGCGAGUCGUGCUUCAAGUAUUAAAUUAGACAAUCCCAAUCCCAAUCGCGACCGGAAAGCCUCAUCUGGUUUGGCUGCCUUCGCCCUCAGGCUUGUUGCUGGUGGAGCUGCUGUCAGUAGAGAUGAAGGAGUCACGGGUCGUGGUCGAGCAAAUAGCACCGAUGAAGCACGUUCCCCAAGAGCGCAUUCUUCACAUAGUACAAUGUCGGCAAGAGUUGUGCCAGCGAAACAGUCUACCAAGGCGAUACCAGUCAGACGAUCAAUUGCGUCAAACAGCAGUGGAGGAGUCGUUCGAGGCCCCCAAGAUAGAUGGGAUACGAUGGGAGCGAGCCCACAAAACAGUACAUCUGGUGGGGCAGAGAAUUAUGGUCCAGUCGAAAUGGACCAGAUUUUACCCCCAGACGCACAACCACCGACUCUCACUCAGAUACGUAGAAAUCCUUAUAACCAGGAAUUUCUUACUGAUCGAUUUGGGUUCAUUUAUGACCAGCGCCGCAAAAAAAGGCAGAAGGAGGCUGCAGAAAAGGCACGGAAAAACAAGAGAGGAAGCCGGGUUGAGAUGUUGAAUAGUGCUAGAAGCGGUCUCUCUGUUGGCAUUGCAGAUGGUGAUAUUGAUGCUGAAGACGAACGUCCGGAUACACCCACGUCUUUCGAAGAAAGGGGAGACGAUGGCAACCCUACCAAACGCUGGCAGGAUUAUCUCAAAACUGCUACGUUCCCUACUGAACUACUUUCACAUACUCCUGCGGGCGCUGAUCCUACAUUUGAAGUUAUGGAGGGUAGUGAAGUGCCCAAGUCACCUGCAAUUUUCAACGAUGACAGGGGGUUUUUACCAUCUGCUGGUACUGUCGCUGCUCAGCCAUCAGUCUCGGUCGUAUCUGACAAUGCAACAAUCUUAUCACCGGAACUGACAUCGCCAUCGCAAGCAGCGCUAUCAUCAGAGGAUAUGGAACCUGUCAAAAUACUGCUUCAGCAAUUGGAUGAAGUGCACGAUUCCUUACAACGCGAUAAAACAGUCAAGUGGAAUGACUUCUUGCGCAAAGUUCGAGCCGAAAGAAAACGAGAUGGGCAAGCGGCGGCGGCGGCGCUUGCAGCAACAACCGAUAAGAACUCUAGACCAGUGCUAGCCAUCAUGCCUGAAGCAUCUUUAAUGGAUGGAGAAAUGAUUGGUGUUGCAGGACUUGGUAACAAAGGUAAAGUAGGACGUGCCAAGUGGAAUGAAUUCAAGUCUCUUGUUCUUGGUGGGAUCCCUGUCGCUUAUCGUGCUAAGAUCUGGGCUGAGUGCUCAGGGGCUUCGACCCUUCGUGUUCCUGGAUACUACGACGACCUUGUUGCCAACCGAGAGGGGGAGGAUGACCCAUCAAUUGUUGCGCAGAUCCAGAUGGACAUCAAUCGCACUUUGACUGAUAACAUCUUCUUUCGAAAGGGUCAAGGUGUUACUAAGUUGAAUGAAGUCCUCUUAGCAUACUCUCGACGAAAUGCGGAAGUCGGCUACUGUCAAGGCAUGAAUUUGAUCACGGCCUGUUUACUUCUCAUCAUGCCCACUGCAGAAGACGCGUUCUGGGUACUAGCAAGUAUCAUAGAGAACAUUCUUCCUCAGGGAUAUUACGAUCACAGUCUCCUCGCCUCUAGAGCCGAUCAACAAGUUCUACGUCAAUACGUUACAGAAAUCCUCCCGAAACUUUCGGCCCAUCUGGAUGAUUUAAGUAUCGAGCUUGAAGCCCUCACUUUUCAAUGGUUUCUCAGUGUCUUUACAGAUUGCCUUUCAGCUGAAGCUCUCUUUCGCGUAUGGGACGUAGUGUUCUGCACCAAUGAUGGCAGUACCUUCCUCUUCCAAGUUGCUCUUGCACUUUUAAAGCUCAACGAACAACAAUUACUUCAAUGUUCAACACCAGCCACUAUUUAUACGUAUAUCAACCAUCAGAUGACGAAUCAUGCGAUCAGUAUUGAUGGGUUAAUUCAUGCUUCAGAGGGGUUGAGGAAGGUGGUCAAGAGAGACGAAGUCGAGAGUCGGAGAGCAAAGGCUAUCGACGCUGAGAAGGAUAUGGUGAGACAAAGAGAGGCUAGAAAUGCAAUUAGGAAGGCCGAGAGGCUUGCUGCCGCUAAUGGCUCGCCACCCGCAAAACAGAAAGGUAGUGGGUCUGGAGGAACGACUACCCCCAGAACACCUCUGAGAAAUGGGAUACCGGUACCAUUGAGGUUGCCAGGCGAGGAUGAUUUCGGGGAGCUGACGGUUAGGACUCCCAUACCCGCGGAGGAGGAGGCUACAUUGCAGCUCGGGUAG